AUUCAUGUUUUGCUCCCAAAAUGUCAAAUAAAUCGUGACUUUUUGUUUUCAUUUUUAUUGUUCCGGUCCGUGCCGUUUUAUCAGUCCGCCCUGCUCUCGAGUAGUGAUAAGAUUCGCUGUUUUUUUGAGCCGUAACUUAAUUUGUUUAAAUUAAACUAUCAACCAAUUAGGGGUCUGCAACUUUGACCUACGAACAGAUAUCGGAAACGGUUCCAUCAUCAGCAAAACAACUUACUGGCUGCAGUUUUAAGGGAACCAUUCCAGAGAGAUGGUUGCAGACAAGUUAAUUUGUGGAGCUUCUAUUGAUCUCUCGGAGGUUUCUUCAAUUGAUAAACAGUAAUGCUCAUAGCACUGAAUCGAUUUGUGAUAGUGAUAGCGAUGUUUUCCAGUUUGGUAUUUUUAACGCUGUUGCUGUUUUUCUGUACGGCUUCGAUGUCAAACCUGACGGCCAAUGGGAUGUGGCCCGGUUUAGAUAGCAGUAGCCAUAGGCUUUUUAAUGGAUCUGCGAAUUAUGACUUUCCUCCGUUGAAGAAUGACAACCUGCUUCGGGCGGCCCGCGGCGAGCCGGUGGAUCGGGUUCCAGUUUGGGUGAUGCGUCAAGCCGGCAGAUAUUUGCCCGAGUUUCAGGAAGUCCGGGCUAAGCAUGAUUUCUUUGAGGUGUGCCGGACUCCCGAAUUGGCCUGUGAAGUCACCAUGCAGCCGCUGAGGAGGUUUGACCUGGAUGCGUCCAUUAUUUUCUCGGAUAUAUUGGUUAUUCCACAGGCCUUGGGUAUCACAGUGGAAAUGCACAAGGGAGUUGGUCCCGUUUUACCGGAACCGUUGGUCUCACCGGACGAUUUGAAGCGACUGAACCAAACUGGGGCUAUCGAUAGGUUGAAGUACGUCGGAGAUGCUAUAACCAUGAUGCGACACAUGCUGGAUGGAAAGGUUCCACUUUUGGGUUUUACCGGGGCUCCGUGGACAUUGAUGGGCUACAUGAUUGAGGGAGGAGGAAGUAAGACCAUGUCCAAGGCAAAAGCCUGGCUCUCAGACUAUCCGGAAGCUAGCCACCAGCUGUUGAACAUUCUGACCGAUCAAAUCGUUGAUUACCUCGUGAUGCAGAUUAAGGCCGGAGCACAAAUGGUACAGGUUUUCGAAUCAAGUGCCGAACAUUUGCCCAAGGAGCAGUAUUUAUCGGUUUGCCUUCCUUAUUUGAAAAGAAUUCGAGAUGAUUUGCACAAAAAACUCGCAGCCGAAGGUGUGACUCCAGUAUCGAUGACAUUGUUCUCUAAAGGUGCUAUGCAUUCUUUGCCUGAGCAAGCCCAAACAGGAUACGAGGUCAUUGGCCUGGAUUGGACCAUUGACCCGGUGGAAGCUAGACAGUUGGUAGGACCGAAUGUCACACUGCAGGGCAACCUAGAUCCUCAGGAUAUGUACAAACCACCAGAGGAGCUUCGAGAGCUGGUGCUAACCAUGGUUCGCAAAUUUGGAAAACAUCGUUACAUCGCCAACCUAGGACAUGGAAUUACUCCACAAACACCGGUAGAAAGCAUGAACGUUCUGGCAACGGCAGUGCACGAUGCGUUGUAAGCCAUCAUCACAAAACUUCGAACUGCAUUUCCUACGUAAGAGUUGAUGGAAAAUACAUAUUUUGGUU